GGAGCCGCUUUUCCCGGGCAGCGAUUGGCGAAGCCGCUUGACAACCACACAGCCGGCCCGCCGCCACUCGGGUCUUUAGGAAGCGAGCAGAGCAACCCGCCGGCCACGGGCCCGCGUUUGUGGGCGCCGGUGGCCGCAAGCCGCGGACGGGCUCUUCUUCCUCCUCCUCCUCCUCCUCUCCCACACCCCUGGGAAGCUCCUGCCGCCAUUUUGUGCGUCUCCCUCCCUCACCCCGAUUUUCUUUCAGAGUCGGCGGCUUGGGAAAGGCCCGCCCUAUAGCCUACACAAUGACAGCUGAAGAGACAGUGAACAUAAAAGAAGCUGAAAUAGUCAAACUAAUACUGGACUUCUUGAAUUCAAGAAAGCUUCAUAUCAGUAUGUUGGCUCUAGAAAAAGAAAGUGGUGUAAUUAAUGGCCUAUUCUCAGAUGAUAUGCUUUUCUUAAGACAGUUGAUUCUUGAGGGCCAAUGGGAUGAAGUUCUUCAGUUCAUCCAGCCUCUGGAGUGCAUGGAUAAAUUUGAUAAAAAAAGAUUUCGUUAUAUCAUACUGAAACAGAAGUUUUUAGAAGCCUUAUGUGUAAAUAAUGCAAUGUCUGCAGAGGAUGAACCUCAACAUUUGGAAUUUACAAUGCAGGAAGCUGUGCAGUGCCUACAUGCUCUAGAAGAAUAUUGUCCUUGUAAAGAAGAUUAUAGCAAACUGUGUUUACUACUCACAUUGCCUCGUCUGACUAACCAUGCAGAAUUCAAGGACUGGAAUCCCAGCACUGCACGAGUUCACUGUUUUGAAGAGGCUUGUAUCAUGGUGGCAGAGUUUAUUCCUGCUGAUAGAAAACUAAGUGAGGCUGGAUUUAAAGCAAGCAAUAAUCGCUUAUUUCAGCUUCUGAUGAAGGGGCUGUUAUAUGAAUGUUGUGUUGAGUUCUGUCAGAGUAAAGCAACAGGAGAGGAAAUUACAGAGAGUGAAGUGUUACUCGGAAUUGACCUUUUAUGUGGGAAUGGAUGUGAUGAUUUGGACCUUAGUUUGCUAUCGUGGCUUCAGAAUCUGCCCUCUACUGUUUUCUGUUGUGCUUUUGAACAAAAAAUGCUUAACAUUCAUGUUGACAAACUUUUAAAACCUACAAAAGCUGCCUACGCUGAUCUUUUGACACCCCUCAUCAGCAAACUUUCUCCUUAUCCGUCCUCUCCCAUGAGGCGGCCUCAGUCCGCUGAUGCUUACAUGAGCCGUUCCUUAAAUCCUGCAUUGGAUGGACUCUCCUGUGGGUUAACAGGUCAUGAUAAACGUAUCACUGACCUUGGGACAAAAACAUCUCCUAUGUCUCACUCCUUUGCUAACUUCCAUUAUCCAGGAGUACAGAAUCUUACUCGUAGUUUAAUGUUGGAAACUACUGAUUGCCAUAGCAUUUGUGAAGAAUCACCUGAACGAUGUGAAACUCCUGUGGAUUCCCAUAAUUCAUCUGGUAAUGAGACGACACACCAGAAUUCAUUUCCAGAAAAAGAGCCAGCAAAUGGAACACAGAAUCAAGGACCAAUCAAGCAAGAAAAAAAUGAGCUUCGAGAUUCAACAGAGCAGUUUCAAGAAUAUUAUAGACAGCGGUUACGAUAUCAACAACACUUAGAGCAAAAGGAACAACAACGGCAAUUGUAUCAACAAAUGUUAUUAGAAGGAGGAGUUAAUCAGGAAAAUGGUUCAGAACAACAGAAUCUUACAGAACAGUUUCUUAAUAGGUCUAUCCAAAAGUUGGGUGAAUUAAACAUGGGAAUGGAUAAUCUGGGAAAUGACGUGCAGACAUUAAACCAGAAGUGCAAUGGGACCAAGGGAAAUGUAUCCAUUCCCCCAGAUUCUAGUCAGAGAAUAGCUGAUGAUAAUACAAACAUUAACACAAGUACACCUCAAAAAUUUGGCUCCAGUAAUCAGAUACCAUCUCUUGAAGAAUCACCUGUCCAUGGAAAUCAGAUUGUGACAGACCAAGCUGCCAUUCAGUCACAACAUGAAGAUUCUUCAGGGAGUAUAAGAAAACCAAGAAGUGAUGAGCAGGAUGACAAAUCAAAGAAACAAUUCAUUUGUAUCGAUACUCUAGAAGAUACACAAGCUGUUAGAGCUGUGGCUUUUCAUCCAAGUGGCACUCUGUAUGCUGUUGGCUCUAAUUCCAAAACUCUGAGAGUCUGUGGCUAUCCAGACUUCCCGGACUCAAGUGGUAAUAGCACUCCUAAACAACCCGUCGUUCAUUUCAAACGGAACAAACAUCACAAGGGAUCGAUCUAUUGUGUAGCAUGGAGCCCCUGUGGACAGUUGCUGGCUACCGGUUCCAAUGACAAAUAUGUUAAAGUGCUGCCUUUCAAUGCAGAUACCUGUAAUGCCACUGGGCCAGAUCUGGAAUUUAGCAUGCAUGAUGGAACUAUUAGAGAUCUAGCUUUUAUGGAAGGUCCUGAAAGUGGUGGUGCCAUUUUAAUAAGUGCUGGAGCUGGUGAUUGUAAUAUUUAUACCACAGACUGCCAGAGAGGGCAAGGUCUCCAUGCUUUGAGUGGCCAUACUGGUCACAUUUUAGCACUUUAUACAUGGAGUGGAUGGAUGAUAGCAUCUGGAUCCCAAGACAAGACUGUGAGAUUCUGGGAUCUCCGAGUACCAAGUUGUGUUCGAGUUGUUGGAACAACAUUUCAUGGAACUGGCAGUGCUGUUGCAUCUGUGGCUGUAGAUCCUAGUGGUCGCCUUCUAGCUACUGGACAGGAAGAUUCCAGCUGUAUGCUUUAUGAUAUUCGUGGUGGGCGGAUGGUUCAAAGUUAUCAUCCUCAUUCCAGUGAUGUCCGUUCUGUUCGCUUUUCCCCUGGAGCUCAUUACCUUCUCACAGGAUCAUAUGACAUGAAAAUAAAAGUCACAGACCUGCAAGGUGAUCUUACUAAGCAGCUACCAACUAUGGUAGUAGGGGAACAUAAGGACAAAGUGAUUCAGUGCAGAUGGCACACACAGGAUCUUUCCUUCUUAUCAUCUUCUGCUGACAGAACUGUCAAACUCUGGAGUUAUAAUGGCUAAAGGCAAUCUGUAUGAAUAAAGCAUAGAUCCACAAGACAACUGGAGUGUCUAUAAGAAAAGCAGCACUUGAGCAAGGAUGCAUCCCACAGAAACUUGGUUGUUAUGAGAUGUUGGUGUGUUGGUGUGGAUUAUUAUUUUUUAGUGCUUUUUAUGUGAUCUCAUGCUGCUACGACCUACUGUAGUCUUGUUGCUGAGGUUUGUUACAAGAGCUCUUGCAAAGUCAAUGUGCACUCCAAAAGUUACAUUUAUUUAUGUGUUUACAUUUUGUGUUAUUUGCAUUCCCUGGUCUUUGUCUCAGUGACAAUAUUUUUUAAAAAUUCAGAAUGAAUUACAGUUCAAGGAAAUUCACAUGCACUAUCAUAGCAUCCACAUAAAUAAGUUGUUAUGCCAUGCUGUACAAUGUUGUUUAUAUCUAUCUUAAUUAGUGGGCCAAAACCUUACCCAUGAAAGUUUCAUUUAAUAGAUAUAAUUAUGAACUCUAAAGAUGAUUAAAGAGGAGCUGACUCUUGAUCAUAGUAACUAUCUAGAGAUUGAGAUAUAUGAAAUAAUUCUCAGUCUGAGGCUGUACUUUGUUAAAUUAUGUUCAAAAUUCAAGCUUUUAGUAGAGAAAACAUUGGUGUGAAGACACAUUAUCAUUACUGAAUGCGAAUGCAACAAAAUACCUCUGUAAUGUAGGAAAGCAGGCACACUAUUAGGUGUGGUUGGUGCAGUUAUUUUGAUAUCAGUGGCUAUAAUCCUACAGAGGCAUGUAAGUGAAAGUAUUGUGGUAUGCAGUUAAGAAUUUUUCUGAAGUUGCUAUAAUUACUAACUGCAUUGUUGAUAAAAAGAUAAUAUAUUAAAUUGCCCAUUCCUCAGCAUUGCAAAACAGUAUAGUAAAAUGUUGCAAAAUAUCCUCUGGUUACACACAGUUUUCUUCUGGGUAUAUAUAGAAUACCAUACCAAUUUUAAAGGCAAUAGCAUGGCUUGAAAUGCUAUGUCUGCAUGAUAAUCUAAAACUAAAUUAUUUCCCAGUUCAGAAGUUUAUUUGGAACUUUUAAUUUCUUGCACUGACUAUACAAUAUAGUUGCAAUUUUAUUUCUAUAUUUAGAGUAUUAUGUUCAUGCAUUGUUUUAUAUUUUCAUAUUGUACAUUUAUAUUGCUUUUAAAUUAAAAUUUUAAAUAUUUGGAUUAUUUAUUUGAAGUAAAAUUUAAGGCUUGGUUCUAAUUAAUAUAUGCUGUGCACUGAAGCAAGAUCUUUUUGAACUGUCAUUAAAAAAAAGUUGAGGUUACUAUAGAAGUGUAUAUGUACUUAAUUCAAUAAAGAAAGUGAAGCUACAUAUUUUUUCUUCCUUCAUAUGGUAACAACUACCAUGUAUUCUUGCAUAUAGAGGUGCAUGAAUAAGCUGACAAUCAAAUUUUUAUCAAAAUAACAUGAGAAAUGCAUUACUUACAGAUGGGGGUGUCACAUUUUUCGUGCUACUUUGAAUAAAAAUCCAAAGGC